AUGGCCGAGAAGAGCGGCUUGCCGGCCGCCGCGGCCCAGGAACAGCAGCAGCAGCAGCAGCAACAACAGUCGCAAUUCUUGUCGAACUUCAUCACCGAGAUCGUCAAGAGCCCGGUGAACCUCGCCCUCGUGGGCGUGAUCGCUAUCUUGGUCUACAAGAUCGUCAAGAGCCGCACGCGGACCGAGGAGCCUGUGCCGGAGGUGAAGAAGCUGCCGAAGCUGCGUCGCGAUUUCGCGAUCGAGGAUCUGACCAAGUACGACGGCAAGGGCCCGGACGGCCGGAUACUCGUCGCCGUCAACGGUAGCGUCUACGACGUCACUAGAGGCGCCAGGUUCUACGGCCCUGGUGGACCCUAUGAAGCGUUUGGUGGUCGGGAUGCCAGUAGGGCACUUGCAAGGUUUGCAGUGGAUGCCGCGACGGACAAAUACGACGAUUUGAGCGACCUGAACACCACAGAAAUGAAUUCUAUCAAGGAGUGGGAAGAACAAUUCAAAGAGAGAUACGACUACAUCGGAAAAUUAUUAAAACCUGGCGAAGCACCGACAAAUUACUCCGACGAGGAGGACGAGGGUAGCCAGCAAGAGUCUGAAACGAAGUCGGAUGAAGCGGAGAAAAAGACGGAUCAAAAGGAGACGGACGAAAAGCCAAAGAGCGAUUGA